AUGUAUACCAGCGAGUACGACUACCUCUUCAAGCUUCUCCUCAUUGGCGACUCUGGUGUCGGCAAGAACAUCGUACUGCGCACACACUGGACGCAACGGAACAGCAACACGGCGACACGGAACUGGAGGAGGCCCGGCGGGGAUAUCAGAAGCGUCCCGCUCGCGACUGUGCGCACUCUACAUCCAUGGCAUUUGUCCGCCACCGCCCUAUCCUCCUCACCGCCACUACCCGCGACACCCUCCUACGCACCGAUGCUGUCACUACCGAAUAUCCCGCUGCCCGCCAGCACGCACCCGCCGACGCCCCGUCAUGCCGCCGCAUCCGCCCUCACGCACCCCGCGACGGGAGACUUCUGCACGCCGGCGUUGGCCAUUGACGCGUCUCUCCAGUGCCUGGGAAACAAGAUUCUGCUGAGGGAGCAGGGGUGGGAAUGGGUUACCGAGGGCAAGUACGACGAGCAGGGUGUUGAGGGGCUGCUCCCGACAUGCAAACACCGCCGACGAGUACACCGAGCGCGGACGGACAAGAGCAAGUGGGAGCGGGAGCGGGCGAACAAUGGGCGCGGCGGACACGGACGAACGCGUGCCCGUGGGGACGAGGUCGAGGCAAGCGUGGAUGAUGAGUGGGAGCAGCUGACGGCGUCGGUCCCACAAUUCGGCCGUCCUGCUGAAAUGCGGCCCGCGUUGCUGAUGCCUGAUUUGGUGACGGAACGUGAAACUGGAAUAUCAGCAACCGUUACGGCCCGUCACGGCCCUUCACCGAAAUCGCCAAAGUUCUGA